AUGGUCGGAAUCAUCGGAGGCUCGAAUGUCUUGUCUGUCUUCGCGAUCCACGACAUCCUCGUCCAUAUCAUGCAAUUUCUCCCAGAUUUCUCCUCGUUAUCUGCAAUGGUCCCGGUAUCCAGGCAGAUACAUGACAUCUUCAAGCACCAUCCAAUAUAUGUGGUGCGAUCAGUCGCCUACAACCAGAUAGGACCUGCUUUACCGCAAGCACUGAGAGUUGUGCGUCAUUGCCAGAAUGACGACCACGGGCGCGAUCCUAGCAAGUGGCCAUCUGAGGAGGAAGUCCUGAAUACGUUAAUCACACCCCAGGAGGCUCAUAUUCUCGCUCGGAACGCCCGCAUUGUUCUUGAGCUGGAAGGGCUUUACUAUGAAAUGACGUAUGAGUUCAUCCUUACUAGCGAGAAGCCUUAUCCGAUGUUACGGAGCACCCUCUCCGAUAUUUCUCGUGUCCGUUUCCAUCGCGCCAUGUAUCGUUUCUGGCUUUAUGCACUUGCUUUUCACCCGGACGAAAGCGCAGUGCCCGGGACAGGUAUCGACAACUGGCUGGAAUACAAAGAGCUUUUCUUCAACCAGAUUUCUAACGACAGCGAAUUGCACGAGCUCUUUGAAAUCUACUGGAUGCUAUCCGAGCAAGCGUGUCUUCCGGAUGGUCAUAGAAACCUGAAGGCCGGGCUUCUCGAAGUCAAGGUCAAAGUGGAAUAUCCGAAAAGAGAGCCCGAUGAACCCGAGAGUGCGAGUGAGCAAGGUGACGGCUACAACAGUGAUAGUGUCAUCAUUGCCCCUAGCGGACUCAAGCGACAUCUUGAUCUUGAUGAAAGGGAUGAUGUUCCAAAGAUACGGAUCCCACCUCCUCUGAAGCGACUGCGGGGCGCGGUUUCUGACCUGGGUAGAUCUCUCAGCCAUGGGAUCAGUAGAGUGGCACUGGAAGUGACCACAUACAAAUGCCUUUCAACCAGUCAGAGGCGUCUCUAUUUUGUUGCUGUCCAUCAAGAUGCCCAUGUCGACCUGGAUUGCAGCCCUAUUAUCAGGUCAGAACUGAAAGACAUCUACAAGAUGUCAUGGAAUGGGAAGGAGUAUGGAGCGAGCUCAUACCAUUCACUUGAAUGUGAUGGUGGACUCGUGGCAGAUCUCCAAGCCAAGAAUCAAAAGCUUCUCAAGAUGGACUUCAAAAAGCUCACAUUGUGCCAUGAGAUUGUGCAGCGCUUUUCGACGCUCUGCAGCAUAAAGCAUAAGGACGUGGGCAACAUUCAGGUCAUGGAUGCGACCUUGAUCAGUGCCAAUACAGGACCGAAGGCUGGUGAUUACUGGUUAGCACGCCAGUGGAUCAGUGAGGGCACGAAGCUUGAGGUCUCACCCUUGCAAGAUGUCACGCCCACUAUAUCGGAGCCAACCGUGCACGAGGUCUGCAGUGCCCUGCUGCACUACUCCUUGAUUGAUCUUGAUAUGAAGGCAGCUUUCUCAACGAUUCAAGCAUUCUAUCACUCUAUCACACUGAAUGUAUUUGAUGGCACUGCCAGCCGGAGUCACAUUACCAUAUAUGAUGUGAACUACCAAUCGGAAGACCAAGUUUGGGAUUCCCAUGACCGCAGUCGACAGGGGAUUCAUCAGCUCAUGAUGGAACAUCGCUGCACGAAGCUUUGCCAGGACCUCGGCUUCUUGCCGAUGCAUUGUGACCUGAACAGGAAGUGUGGACUUCCACAAGCAUCGGACACUGAUGUGUUCGAAGGUGUGGAGUAUCGGUGUUUCCAUGUGAAGAUGGGUGAGGGUGCAUUCGUAGAGGAGGUCCCAGGUGCCACCGAAGAUCUCGGUUCAGAAGAUGUCCCACACGAACCAGCCCUCAUCCCAGCCGUUGUCUUCCCUCCGGAUGGUGAGGUGACAUGCGGAAAUCUGAAAAUAUUCCCCCACAAGCUUUCAGAGAUAGGACCAUUUACUAUAUAUCCGGCUGUGGGCGAGUGGACACACCCCGGACACUCGGAGGGAGUAUUUAAGUAUGCACUCUUGGAAUCACAUCUGACGGAGGAUGAUGAACCGUCGAAGGACAACACAGUCCAUAGAAUGCUGGUACGCCAUACUGCAGUAGAAGAUUUGAUGUUUCGAUUCCGCAAGAGGGCUGCAAUUGCUGGGGUGGAUAUUGAAGGCUUUGAUGUCGCCAGGUACAAUGUGCUUGAAGCAGAUCAGGUAUCUGCACAGGGACUUAGCUGGCUUUGCUAUGAGUGGGAAGAUGAGUAUGACUGGAAUUCCCUUCCAGUCGUUUCGGGAAUGGGCGAUUCGAAGUCGGCGCUGGAGGAAGCGCUCCACGCAUUCUGCCAUUUCUCUUAUGAGAAAGAUAGUGACGGCUCGGAAAGUUUUUCACGAUCAGAUCUCGCUCCGACACGGAUGCAUCCCGCUUGCAUUGUUUAUUGCCAUACAUACACGUCGAAUGGAGGUUCACAUUAUCAUGACCGCGGGCAGAGGGGGGUCGAUGAGUUCAAGAGAUUGCAUCAGUGCAAUGUUAUUUGCAAGGACCUGGGCUUAGGACCUUUGACAGCAUAG